CUAUAAAUUUGCUUCUUCCCCUUACAAAACACACACUGACACACAACAAUCAGAGAACACAAGAAGUAGCAAUCAUGGAGCUAUUCUAUGCCUCUCUCCUGGCCUUCUUUGUUCUCUCUGUCACCCUAUCUUUCCACUUCCUUUUAUACGGCAAAAAAUCCGGCUCCCGUCUCAGUAACCUCCCACCCGGUAGCACCGGGUUCCCAAUGGUGGGCGAGAGCCUCGAGUUUCUCUCCACCGGAUGGAAAGGUCACCCUGAGAAAUUCGUGUUCGAUCGCAUAGCCAGGUACUCUUCUUCCGUAUUCAAGACGAGCCUUUUGGGCUCUCCCACAGUUAUGUUCUGCGGGGCAGCCGGUAACAAGUUCUUGUUCUCUAACGAGAACAAGCUCGUCCAGGUAUGGUGGCCUAGCUCCGUCGACAAAGUUUUCCCGACUGCAACCCAAACGUCAUCGAAAGAAGCGGCCAUCCGGUUGCGAAAAAUGCUCCCCAACUUCCUCAAGGCGGAUGCGUUGCAGAGGUACAUAGGAAUCAUGGACGGGAUCGCUCAGCGACACUUUGCCACUGAUUGGGAGAACAAAGACCAAGUGGUGGUAUUCCCUCUAACAAAGCACUACACGUUCUGGAUCGCCUGUCGAUUGUUUCUCAGCGUCGAAGAUCCUAGCCAUGUGGCCAAGUUCGAAGACCCCUUUAGUGGUUUGGUGGCGGGGAUAUUUUCUGUACCCAUAGACUUGCCCGGAACCCCGUUUAAUCGGGCAAUCAAGGCCUCUAAUUUCAUUAGGACCGAAUUGGUAGCCAUUAUCAAGCAGAGGAACUUGGAUUUGGCUGAGGGAAAAGCGUCGCCCACGCAAGACAUUUUGUCACACAUGCUUUCGACAAGCGACGAAAAUGGAAAGUUCAUGCACGAGGCCGACAUUGCUGAUAAGAUCUUGGGGCUGUUGAUUGGUGGCCAUGACACCGCUAGCUCCUCUUGUGCUUCCAUUGUUAAGUUUCUUGCUGAGUUGCCUGAGGUUUACGAAGGAGUCUACAGAGAGCAAAUGGAAAUUGCAAAAUCAAAAGCAGCAGGAGAAUUGUUGAAUUGGGAUGAUAUUCAGAAGAUGAAGUAUUCAUGGAACGUGGCAUGUGAAGUGAUGAGACUUGCUCCACCAGUCCGAGGUUCUUUCAGAGAAGUCAUCAAUGAUUUCAUGUACAAUGGUUUCUCAAUUCCAAAGGGUUGGAAGAUAUAUUGGAGUGCGCAUUCAACACACAGGAACGCUGAAUUCUUUCCAGAGCCGCUGAAAUUCGAUCCCUCAAGAUUCGAGGAGUCUGGACCAGCUCCGUACACAUUUGUACCCUUUGGCGGAGGGCCAAGGAUGUGCCCCGGAAAGGAAUACGCCCGAUUGGAAAUACUUGUGUUCAUGCACCACUUGGUGAGAAGGUUCAAGUGGGAAAAGGUGAUUCCUAACGAGAAGAUGAUUGUCGAUACCAUGUCUAUUCCUGAAAAAGGUCUUCCAAUCCGCCUCUACCCUCACACGGCUUAGACAGAAUAACUCAGAUAUAUUUGAAGGCUAAAACUACUCCUUUAAUUCUACCACUUUUGGAGUAUUUCAGUUUCAAUUAAAGUGCUUUAUUCCAUGAUGAUGGAAAGAAGCUAAAAAUAGUUAGAAUAAAUUGAUAGAGAAUAUAUAUGUUUGUUAAGUAUUGGAAGGGAAGCUGUUUUGCUUGUGAGUCAUCUGGCAGCAAGUGGAAAUGUAUUUUAUGUUGUAAAAUUCAAAUGAAGUGAAUGAAAUUAAGCAAAUGAUUAUCUUU